CAUUUAACGUUCCGCACUGGGUCACGGAUUCCUGGACUCAGUGGAGAGUACAUGGAGAAUGCUGGAAGCCGACAUUUUUUUCCGCACACCUGUGCAUCAGUGGUCUGACUGAGGAAAGUGGAGAGCCGCAAAAAUCUAUAGUAGGAGAGCUGGAAAAUAUUGAAGUCUCAACAAAUGAAUUCCACACUUGAAUUCUGCCGCAUUCCUAUGCCACCUCCUCCUUUAGAAAACUGAUCUUAGAACAGAGGCUGGCAGAGGACAGUGGAACAGCCAACACACAAAACAACCAUUUGUGCAUGGCUAAAGAUGGUGGUGAUUUUGUAGCAUCCUGGGCACUUCACGUCCAUGAAGUAGGAGUUGGGGCUCUGCACCAGGUAGAUAAAAAAAAAGAACUAGAAGUUAGAAGAAGAUGCUGGGAUCUGAACGUGGUGUUGUGGAAGAAUGGUUAUCAGAAUUCAAGGCGUUACCUGACACUCAGAUCACCAAUUAUGCAGCAACUUUACACCGGAAAAAAACACUGGUCCCAGCUCUCUAUAAAGUUAUUCAAGAUUCAAAUAAUGAGCUUCUGGAGCCUGUCUGCCACCAGCUAUUUGAGCUCUAUCGUAGCUCUGAAGUUCGACUUAAGAGGUUCACACUGCAGUUCUUGCCGGAAUUGAUGUGGGUUUAUUUACGGCUUACAGUUAGCCGAGACAGACAGAGUAAUGGCUGCAUUGAAGCACUUCUGUUAGGAAUUUACAAUUUGGAAAUUGCUGAUAAAGAUGGAAACAAUAAAGUUCUGUCUUUUACUAUCCCUUCCUUAUCCAAGCCUUCAAUAUACCAUGAGCCCUCAACAAUUGGAUCCAUGGCUUUGACAGAAGGGGCAUUGUGUCAGCAUGAUCUCAUCAGGGUUGUUUAUAGUGAUCUUCAUCCUCAGAGGGAAACAUUCACUGCACAAAACCGGUUUGAAGUCCUGAGUUUUCUCAUGUUGUGUUAUAAUUCUGCUAUUGUGUAUAUGCCUGCUUCAUCUUACCAGUCUCUUUGUCGGAUGGGCUCCAGGGUUUGUGUGAGUGGGUUUCCACGGCAACAUGAAAAACACUGGAAAGAACUCUGUGGUCGAAUAGUAUUGGAUCCCGAAUUCAUGGUGCAACUCCUCACAGGGGUUUAUUAUGCCAUGUAUAAUGGGCAGUGGGACCUUGGCCAAGAAGUCCUUGAUGACAUCAUUUAUAGAGCUCAGCUAGAACUUUUUUCUCAACCACUAUUGGUUGCCAAUGCCAUGAAAAACUCAUUACCAUUUGAUGCUCCUGAUUCUUCACAAGAAGGCCAGAAAGUACUUAAAGUGGAAGUCACUCCAACAGUGCCGAGGAUUUCUCGGACUGCAAUUACAACAGCUUCAAUCCGUCGUCAUAGAUGGAGAAGAGAAGAUGGCUUUGACUUCUCAAACGAGGCUGACUCGAGUAUUCCUGGCUCCCCGGUCCAACACGGCUCCACUGACCUAGGGAUCAAACGUGUGCAAGAGGGGGAGGUGCUGGUGCGCAGGACCCCUGAGCACGGCUCACCGGAGCCCAACUCAGCAGCAGCCACAACAGAGGGUGCUGAGGGUGUAAAUGGAGGAGAAGAGUCGGUAAACCUAAAUGAUGCAGAUGAAGGCUUUUCAUCAGGGGCCUCCCUCAGCAGUCAGCCAAUUGGGACCAAACCAUCCUCCUCUUCUCAGAGGGGAAGCUUAAGGAAAGUAGCAGCUGGGCGUUCAGCUAAGGAUAAAGAAACAGCUUCUGUCAUCAAAUCCAGUGAGAGCCCUCGAGAUUCAGUCAUUCGCAGGCAGUAUGUACAGCAACCAACUGAUCUUAGUGUAGAUGCAAUCGAGCUGACACCGAUGAAGAAACACCUGAGCCUGCCUGCUGGCCAGGUGGUGCCAAAAGCCAAUAGUUUAAGUCUAAUCCGGACAGCCAGUGCUUCCUCAAGUAAAUCAUUUGACUAUGUAAAUGGCAGUCAAGCAAGUACCAGCAUUGGGGUUGGCACGGAGGGAGUUACUAAUCUAGCAGCUAACAAUGUUAAUCGAUACUCAACUAUCAGUCUACAGGAAGACCGGCUAGGUCAAGCUGGAGAAGGUAAAGAGCUCCUUAGCCCAGGAGCUCCCUUAACCAAGCAGUCUCGAUCCCCAAGUUUCAAUAUGCAGCUAAUAUCCCAGGUGUAGUUCUGACAUCCUCUCUCAUCUUUUUGCUUACCUUUUAAACUGAACAUUUCAUUGUACAUGAAGACACUUCAUCCCACAUUGUGAAAAAAUUGGUCAUCGUAAUCAGAUUUGAUUUAGUUUAGGUAUCUUCAUACUGUAUUUUGUAUGGAAACAGCAAUAAGGUUUUCUUUUUUCCUCCUUCCUAUAUCUUCUCUUCACCUUAUUCCUUGUAAAUGUGUUUGUGAAGCAGUAUAAAAUGUAUGCAUCUUCCAUACCUUCCUUUCUCUGUGGGUGAUGUGCAAUCCAUCGUAGGCUGAUCGGUCCCAUUUCAGCACUGUGAGACUGAGGAUACGUUAGAGGAAAUGGUGUAUAUGAUCCCUAUGAAUUGAUUCUUUGGCUUUUGUUUAAAAAAAAACAAAACGGGUUUGUUCUCAUAAUUUAUAGAACUGUGGAGAUUACUGGAUCAUAUUUUUUUCUCUUUUAACCAGGAGUGCCUCAGAGAUUCUGCUAUGACUUUGGACUUCUCUGAGUCUGUGCAAUCAUUUUCUUGAGAAGCAUGGGGAAAGGUGGUAGACUGCUGCACUUUUUCAUUAAAAUGUGGGUGGCUCUUUUUCCCCCCAUCUCCUUUAUCUCCAGGACACAAUGUUCAGUUACUGAGGCAUUUAAAUCACGUUAUGGCCCCCUCCUUUGGAGGGCAGGGCUCAAAAUUGUUUGUUUAAUUGAUAAUGCACUUUCUCAAUGGCUCGAUAGCCAUUAUUAACAUGUCUUCCCUCCUCCCCACAAGGACAUAGGUCAUUUCUGUCCUUAAAGUUUGAACAACUAACAAAUCAGAGAAUCCAAGGGGCAUGUUCUAUUUCCCAGGAAUGAUUGACACUUUGGUGCUGGGGUUUGUUGGGGGAGGGGGAGGGGUGGUUUUUGUUUAGCUCGUGUGGGACUGUGUGUGCGAGGGGAAGUUUUGAUAGGUUUUUUUCUUUUCCUUUGUGAGCUGAUGAUGACUGAAGUAGAACAAGUACGUCUUCAGGUAAAGAGAGGGAUUUCUCAACUUGCUUUCUGUGAUGUCAGACUAUUGGAGAAGCCCUUUCAGCUGCUUUCUAGAUGUACCUAAAUUCAGUCAGAUAUUUUGGAUUAAGAAACCUGAAGUCCUGAUAGAUCAUAUACUUUAAGGAAAUACAUCAGGGACAGAUAAUUGGCUGAAAACACUGAUGCUUCAACGUGACACAUUUUUAUAGAACAUUUCUACCAGGGGGUACUGACUUGAUUUCUCCGACAAGGACCACACUGCCUUUGUGUUUAGUGUAAUGCAAUUUGUGUACCUUCUGAUCAUAUAUCUGCAAAAGUUUCUCAUUUUUAUAAAACUUGGAAAUCAUGCCAGUAAGCUAGAUGUUGAAUGUAUGUAAGUAUCAUUUUGGUAAUUGUGCUAAGAGGCUACAAAAAACAUUAUUAGUGAAAAAAAAUUUUUUUUAGUUCUGAUUUGGUUGGGUAAGAUUUCAGUAUAAGUUCUUUUGGGUCUCAGGCUCUAAUGCUUGAUUGAAAAAGAAGAGAAUAUAUUGGUUUUUUAAAAAUCAGUGUAUUGUGACUUGAACUGAUAUACAUUAUCCUUCCACAAAAUACAUCAGAGCUAUUAGUGCUUUAUACAUUUAGACAUUUUUAUUUUAUUGUGAAAGAAAAAUAUACUGAAUUUAUAGAAAGCAAGUAUUUAAUUAACAAAGUUUAAAUUUUU